GUUUCCUACUGUACGUUAUUUAAAUAUUUUUGUGUUCGAGGCUUUACAGAUUCAUUUUAUUCUGAAAAGGUUUUAUGUUUCCCAUUUAGUAAAUAAGUACGUUUGAAAACAAAUAUUUACAUUACUUUCUAGUUCGAUUUUGUUUCAAAAAAGCCCAAUGAAAUUGCGAAAUAUUAAAAAAUGUAAAAGUCACUAGGGCACGUCAAUUUUCUCAUUUUUUUAUAUUUAAAAUUUUAAUUUAUUAAGUAGUGCUUGAAAUACUUAUUCAUACUAUGGAAAAGUAUAAAUGACUUCUAUUUUUUUUUACAUGUUAUUCAUCAACAAAUAAAGAAUCAGUUCAUUUCAACAAUCAUUUAACAAUCAACCCACUAUAAUGGAACUGGAAGAAGGAGAAGCUAAAAUAUGUCGGCUUUGUGGUCAAUGUGAAAGCAUAUAUAUUGAUAUUUUUGGAGAAGAAGGUUCCAAGCGAUGUUUACAUUUCAAAAUCUCUUCAAAAAUAAAUAUUAAAAUUGAUGAAAAUGACUCUUUACCUAAAGUUAUCUGUGUGCAGUGUUUGGGAAAACUAGAGUUCGUUUGUGAUUUUCAAGAAGAAUGUUUGCGCAUUCAACAGCGACUUCGAGAUCAGUAUCAAUCACCUGUUUCAGAUAAUACUGAAAACAAUGCAGCUCUGGUUCUAACGACAACUUCUGCUCAUGCCAAUAGUGCUUUGCCAAAUGUCAGUUGUGAAGAAUGGAGCUAUGAUGAUGACAAUAACAGAAAUCAUAUUCAAGUUUCUCAUAAUGAUUCUAAUGCUACUAUACCUUCAGAAAAUUAUGAGAAUGAAAGUUUUACUACUAAAAACGAUAAAAAAAAUUCCAUGAAAAAUAUAAAUGGUCAUAAAAAUGGCAAUAUAAAUAACAAUAAAUCAAAGAUUGAAUCUUCGACUUAUCACAGAGUUUUGAGAAGUCAACAGAAUCAAGAUGCAUCUAAAUUAAAAGCAGACAAUCACGUAUUAGAUGUAAAAAAUGAUGAUAAAAUCAUUACAAAUGUACAACUUCCAAAUGCUUCCAUUACUCGUAAAUUACGAAGUAGAAACAAUUCAGAAGUGCCUGAUAAAAAUUCAAAAAAAUCUAAAAAUGGACCAAAAACUCGAAAAAGUCCCAGAAAUAAUUACAACCCAGAUGAAGAUUCAUACACAGAACCAGUUAACAAAUUGAAAGUUGACGACCCAAAAGAAAAUAUUUUAAUACCCGAAGACAACAAAAUACAAAUGCCCACUAAUAUUUUAAAUAAAGUUCUUACAGCUAUAACUAAUCAACCUGGCAUUGAUGUUACUGUUAAAGAAACAAAAAAUCGUAAUUUUGAUACUGAAGAUAUUAGUUUUACUGUUGAAUUAUCGAAAAAAAAAGAAAGUGAUUCUAUGACUGUUUUAGCUAAAGUAUUUCCUGAUCUAGGAUCUUGCCUAGUUGACGAAUCAAUAGUUACAUUUCUUAAGGAAGAAAUCAAUGAGAUUGACGAUGAACUUCUGAAUAAUAUCGUUACCUCUAAUAGUUUGGAUAAAACUAGUAACAAAUCGAUUGAAAAAUUGAAAAUUCCAGACGGCCCUGUCAAUAAUUUACAAGAACCAGAAAAUUUAUUUACAUUAGAUGGAGAAGAAAUUCAUGUUGAUGAUAAUGUUGAACAAAUCUUUAUUAAUAACCAGGUUAACUACUCUUGUAAAUUAUGUAAAAAAGUAUAUGAGCGUAAAGAUAAAUGCAAUGUUCAUGUAAAAACCCAUCUAGGCAUCAAGCAAUACAUGUGUAUUCUAUGUAAAGCUAAAUUUGUAUGCAAAUCCGAUGUUAUGAAACAUAUCCGCUGUUCACAUACUAAUCCUCGACCAAUCUUAUGUUCAAAAUGUCCGAAGCGUUUUAGAUCAAAAUUUGAUCUAACUGAACAUAUGAAUGUACACAAAGGCAUUCGACCAUAUCAAUGCGCCGAUUGCGAUCAAAGCUACCAUCACAAAGUGUCCUUGCAAAUGCAUAUUAAAUCACAUUUACCUCCCCAGAAUUUAGCUUGUGAAUUCUGUGGAAAAAUUUUCCCUUAUCGUACUCGAUUACUCAGUCAUGUUGGUAGUGUUCAUAUGAAAGAUAAGCGAAAUUUUCGUUGUCGAUUUUGCUAUAAUUUAUACUCUAGUUUAUCAGUUCUAAAUGAACAUAUCAAAGUGCGUCACGCUACAACCUAUACUUGUGAUACUUGUGGAAAAACUUUCAAGGUAGCCUCCAAAUUUAAAGCUCAUAUAAUGCAACAUAGCAAUCCGAAACCUUUUGUUUGUGAGAUCUGCCAAAAUAGAUACGCAUCCAAAGCAUUUUUGAAUGAACAUUUACUGAAACACCAAGGUGUCCGUAAACAUGUUUGUGAAAAAUGCGGAGCUUCCUUCGCUCAAGCAAGUCACUUGGCAGCCCAUCGUCAUGUUCACGAAGAAAAAAGUCAUGCAUGUCCAGAAUGUGGAAAAAUGUUCAAUCGGAGAGAUAAUAUGAAAGUACAUCGUAGAAGACAUAUGAUUCAAGUAGAAAAAAAAAUAAUCACCAAGCAAAAAAGCACUCUAAAUCCUGAAAAUCAAAUGAUUGAUAGAGAAAAUUAAAAUUUUUGAUGUAAUAAAAUUAUUGAUGAUUUUUGUACUACGAAUGAUACUUUGUCUAAUAAUAACAGUAUUCUCGGUAAAUAA